GCCUUGCUGGGAGCAUCAGUGUGAGUCCCGCGCCCGUUCUGGCAGGAUGUUAGCAGUCUAUGUCUUGCGUUUUUGUCUGCUCUCUUGAGCUAAGACUGUUUUUAUUGUACGAAACUCACAUUUUAAGUUUUCACUGUCUUGGAAUAUUUACGCUCGAUAAUAUGGCGGUGCUUUGCUAAUGAAAAUGGAUUUAGUAUUUGUGUACUGCGUAUAUGUGUAAGCAGGUGUUAGUGUAUACCAUCUGUGCGCUCAAUAUCAAAGUUUUUUUUUUUUUUGGGUGACCUCUGCCCAGCUCUCUAUCUGCUGUAAACCUGUCCCAUAACGCAGACUGCUUUAUUUGCAAGUGUGACGUUGCAAUGGAAAUUCCAUUCAUAUAUCAGUUCUCGCCUGAAGUGAAGAGUGAGUGCAUUACGUUGGUGAUUGCAGGUCGUUGAGGGUCUGACUGGGCUUUGCUGCAGCUGCUAGCUCGGCCAACCUUGCAUACCUGGCUGGCAUUUCAACGUGUGCAGCGCCAUAAGCAUGGUAGGACUUCCCCCAACAGUCACGGAACUGUGAUUUACCAGUGUUGUUUUCGUGGUACUGGCUGAGACGUUAAGGUUAAAGAACAAGUGUGAGAAGAUGGGCCGUCUGAAAGCCUUUCAGAAUCUGAACCCGCUCUUCUCAGGCAAGUACAAGAAGCUACUUGAAGAAUAUGGCUCCAAGGACUACUCGAGGCUGCUGCUGCAGGAGUCGCUGCAGGACUACCUCUCCUACGCCUGCGGACAAUGCGGACACAUCCAGAAGUUGCAGGUAAAGGCUGAAGAACUAAACAGCAUCGUGGGGCACGCCUUCAGGCUCGCCUACGCUGCUCAUCUGCAGAAGUCAGGCGCCACCAUCCGCGAUGUGAUCCCCACCCACACCCACGCCCACGGCAAUACCGCCCCACACCCCCACACACUAGCUCACCACCACACCCACGCCCACUCACACACCCACUCUCACACGCCUUCGCCCUCUGCUACCCCAGCACAUGCCCACACGCAUCCACACCCGCGAGUCUGUGACCACCAUUGCUUCACAUCCCAGCAGGCUGCUGCAGCUUCUCGCGAGUCUAGUCCUAGCUCCAAAAUGCGAACUCCAGGUAGUCCGGCUGUAGCCUCUAGCCCAUCACAUAACUUGGUGGGGCUACAGAAACCUUCCUCCUUGCCUGGCCUACAUAGCCACCCAGAGAAUGACAACAGUGCUCAUUCACCCGACAGUGAAAACAGCAAUAGUCCGUCAGAGUUGAACAGUUCUAAGAGGCUCGCUGACAAGCCACCACUCAUCAAGAAACUCAGUGUUGCCCUCGAGUCCACUUUGAACUUAGAGGAGGACCUACGCCCCCUAGUCACCUCCUCCCCUCCCUCCCAGUCAUGUCAAACCUCCUGUGUCACUACCAGUACCACCAGCUCCUCCUCAACUACCAGCACAGCAGUUGUUGGCUACGUUAACGAGGUCAGCGAUACCUCGGUGAACAGUGUUCUGUCUGCAGAUGGCCAAGAGCAGCAAGACACGGAUAAUAAAUGCCGACUCUCGGAUGAUGUGAAGCUGAAGCGCAUAUCUCAGAUUUCUGUUAGCUCAAGUGCCUCAUCAGGCAUAGUAGGCCUUGAUGUAUCUACUUCAAGUACUCGUUCAGCAUCACCUCCACCUCUCCCUGAGCGAUCAGAUUCCCUCACUCCUCCAGAGGAACCACAUCUUAAGACGGCUGCUUGGUUUCAAGCUGGCAUACCCAGAGAAAUAGCCCUUGAGGUGUUGAGUCAUGAGCCAGUUGGUGCAUUCAUGGUACGAGAGUCUACCAGCAAACCUGGCUGUUAUGCUCUUAGUCUAAGAGUGCCACGAGAUUUCACUGUCUCAGGCAUUGCACACUAUCUUAUUGUUAAAACAAAUAAAGGAUACAAAAUUAAGGGCUUCACCAAGGAGUUCAAUACCCUAACAGCACUGAUCACUCAUCACUCAGUUAUGCCUGAGCUGCUUCCAUGCCCUCUGUCCCUGAGUCGAUACAACCCUACCUUCACAUCUGAUGACCAAAAUCGAAAUGAUUCAAAUGACGAUGAUCCUGAUUACAACACACUUUCUGACUUCAGAAAGAUGAUGGCCGACUUGAAUGUGUAAACAUAGAUAUUCUAAAUUUUAGGAAAAGUAAAUUUCACACUCAUGCACAGACAUAAAAAUAACAUAAUAUAUCUAAGUAUAUAUUUAUACAAAAAUAUAUUUUGUCUUUAUGUGAAGGCAAACAAUUUUUACAAGAAAAAUGCUGAACAUUGCAAUACAAAAAUAUAGCCAAAAAAAAAGAAUAGGAAGGCUCUAAAUUUGCAUAUAUUUUAAUGAAAAAAUUUUUACUGUUCUAGUGAUCUAUCUUCCAUAUUAGGAGUGGGAAUCUCAUUUUCAAUCUAUGCUAAUUAAUGUGCUUGAAAAGGAAAUGCAUAGAUAUUCUGGUAUGUAAAGAAUUUUCUUGGUAUAGACAAUACAGGCAAACAAAAAAUUUUAUUUAUUGAAUGAAGGAUAAAACGAGUGCAUGUGCAAAUCCAGAAUAAAACUGACAUUAGAUAUGAUACAUUGAGCGAAAAGAAUUAAUGUACAGUAUAUACAAUCUAGUGUACAGGUCUUCAGAAAGCAGGUACAUAAGGAAGUCCCCUGAGAUUAUUCAUCUGUACACAAGAACACCACAAAGUUUCAUUUAUGUGUACCUCCCAAGAUGUACUUUUUAUUUUGUCAUGAUUUAUUGAACAGAAAUCAUUAGUAAUAUCUUAAAAUACUUCAAAGGAAACUGGAACUCUUGAAAAAACAAACAAUAAGAAGAGAGCAGUGUCUUCAAGUAUUUUUGUUGUAUAGUGAGGACCGUGCUCGAGUGAUGUUCAGUGCCACUUUUAUAUAUACGUAUAUAUAUAUAUAUAUAU